CGCCUUUAGGUGAGUGGCGACGUUCCUGCUCCUGAUAGAAAAAAACGUCACUUUUUAUUGCUUUACCAUGAGUCACUCCGCGUACGGCUAAAAGGCAGGGCGGGCAGCGCCUCUUGGCAGGGUGCCCCCGCCUCCCUGCGGAUAGGCCGGUCGGGUUCGUCACCUUCCCCGCUCCGGAAGGGGUCAGUGCUGGUGGUGGGUGGGUGCUGCGGGGUGGUAGGAGCCGGUCCCUUCUCGCCUCAGCAGCCGGCCCCGCCAUGCCGCCGCCGGUUCAGACCCAGCUCCCGGACUGGGACGGCCUGAAGCUCCGAGUGCGGACCAUUAUCGCCUCGCACCGCGUCGUUAUCUUCAGCAAGAGCUACUGUCCCUAUUGCAAUAAGGUGAAAGAACUCUUCCGUUCCCUGCAUGUGGAGUACUAUGCAUUGGAGCUUGAUGUAACUGCUGAUGGACCCAGCAUUCAGCAAGUGUUAGUGGAACUAACUAACCAGAGGACAGUGCCUAAUGUAUUUGUGAAUGGAACUCACAUAGGUGGCUGUGAUGCAACGUACCAGGCUUAUCAUGAUGGAUCCCUGCAGAAACUUCUUGGAGAUAGCAAAGAUGCAGAAACCUAUGAUUAUGACCUCAUUAUUAUCGGUGGUGGCUCAGGUGGACUUGCAUGUUCCAAGGAAGCUGCUGGUUUUGGAAAGAAAGUACUGGUUUUAGAUUAUGUUGUUCCAACACCUCUUGGAACCUCAUGGGGUCUUGGUGGCACAUGUGUAAAUGUAGGCUGCAUUCCGAAGAAGCUAAUGCAUCAAGCAGCGCUUCUGGGUCAGGCACUCCAAGAUUCAAGGAAAUAUGGAUGGCAGUAUGAAGAACAAGUUAAACACAACUGGGAGACCAUGGUAGAAGCAAUACAAAACUACAUUGGCUCUUUAAACUGGGGCUAUCGAGUGUCGUUACGAGAGAAGUCUGUGACAUACCUCAAUUCAUAUGGAGAAUUUGUUGAACCACACAAAAUUAAGGCAACUAACAGAAAAGGACAAGUAACCUAUCACACAGCAGAGACUUUUGUCCUGGCAACAGGAGAAAGGCCUAGGUAUCCGGGUAUCCCUGGAGAUAAAGAAUAUUGUAUUACAAGUGAUGACCUCUUCUCCCUGCCUUACUGCCCUGGCAAAACUCUGGUUGUGGGUGCUUCCUAUGUGGCUCUAGAGUGUGCGGGAUUUCUUGCUGGUCUAGGUAUGGAUGUCACAGUGAUGGUGCGGUCCAUACUCCUUCGGGGCUUUGACCAAGAAAUGGCAGAAAGAAUAGGUGCUUACAUGGAAACACAUGGUGUGAAGUUCAUCAAGAAGUUUGUGCCUGUUCAGGUUGAACAGCUGGAGGAAGGCAUGCCUGGAAGACUGAAAGUGACAGCAAAGUCUACUGGAGGAGAACCAGAAAUCUUUGAAGAAGAAUAUAAUACUGUUUUGCUAGCCAUUGGUCGUGAUGCGUGCACCAGAAAUAUUGGUUUAGAGACAAUUGGUGUCAAAAUCAAUGAGAAGAAUGGGAAAGUACCUGUAAAUGAUGAAGAACAAACCAAUGUGCCUUAUGUUUAUGCUAUUGGAGAUAUACUGGAGGGAAAGCUUGAACUUACUCCGGUUGCCAUUCAAGCAGGGAAACUGUUAGCCCGCAGGCUUUAUGGUGGUAGUUCCACAAAGUGUGACUAUAUCAAUGUACCAACAACAGUGUUUACUCCUUUAGAGUAUGGCAGCUGUGGGUUAUCUGAAGAAAAAGCCAUAGAAGGAUAUGGAAAGCAAAACCUGGAGGUUUAUCACAGUUUGUUCUGGCCACUCGAAUGGACAGUAGCAGGCAGAGAUAACAAUACCUGUUAUGGAAAAAUUAUCUGCAAUAAACACGACAAUAACCGUGUAAUAGGAUUUCAUGUUCUCGGACCUAAUGCUGGUGAAGUCACCCAGGGUUUUGCUGCUGCAAUAAAAUGUGGUCUCACCAAAGAGUUGCUUGAUGAAACAAUUGGUAUCCAUCCAACUUGUGCAGAGGUGUUCACUACAAUGGAUAUUACAAAAUCAUCAGGACAAGACAUCACUCAAAGGGGCUGCUGAGGCUAAACCUGCUGUUUUACGUGUUUUCAUGUUGUGCACACUUGGUUCUGUGGAAGCCCAAAUACAGCUGCUUUGCAGCAGAACAAACACUUGCAUCAGUACCGCUGUAUGUAGUGCAGCAGGGAGCGGUGCCGUUGUGAGGCUUCCUCAGCAAAUAGUGGUGCAAGUGGAAACAGUAACACAGCAGGGAAAUCUUGAACUGUAAAUCCUGACUUUGUUUGGAAUCAGCACUACUGUGCUUUUAUGAUGUUCUAGCUCGGAACCUUCCUGUGAGGUGAGCUACAACGGAUGGCUGCCACGCAAGGUUGGGAGAUCACUUCGUCUGGUCAGAUGACUGAACUCUUCCUGAAGGAAAUUCAUAAGUUGCACAAAGUAAAGCUAAUGCUUCUAGGCUCCACUCUCUUGUACAAAUGCCUGAGAUAGAGGACAAAUGUAUAAUGGAAUGAUUCUUGCCAACAGUUUACAGUUGAUUGAUUUAUCUUUGUGGAUGCAUUUUGUUUCACUUGUCUGUUCAUUUGAGGCAAGAUGGCACAAAGAGGAUGCGGUGAUGAGCAGUGCAGUUCAAGCACUAGUCUCUCACUUCACCCAGUCUGGAACUUUAAUCUCAGACAUCGCUGCUGUUACACUUGUAGUUGUUUGACCUCAGGUGAUACGAUGUCUUUAAGGUAAAAAAAUCAGUUGUAGGCAUUUUGUGUGUCAGAGUUGAAGAGCAUAAGCUCAAGAGACUGAUACUGCUGGUCUCGGAUCCACAUUCAGCUCUGUAAUGUAAAACAUGACAGAACCCAGAACUGCAAGUUUGCCCUCCUCCGUGGAGUAAUGAAAUCUUGGAGGAGCAGGGGCUGAGAGUAAUCUGUCCCACUAAUAUGGUAGGUGCCUGCCCAUGAUGAUAAUGAUUGUUGUAUAGAAUUUCUUUGAAGCAUGCAUUGCAGCAAAGAACAAGCUCUCGGUGUCAUGCUGUCAUGCUUUGUGUAGUGUUAUGUACAGUCUGUACUCUGAAGCUUUCUUCCACCCCCAGCAUUCUGCUCUGGGGGAGUUGUGCUUGAAUUUAGCUCUUUAGUUUUGUCCAAAGAGAUGUUUUGAAAGACUCUUCUGAGCGUUGUAUGAUAGUGAGCAAACAGUUUUUAACUAUUUAAUCUAUGAUGUACCAUGGGAUUUGAAUUCAGUUCAAUAAACAAUGCAUACAACA